UUAGUCAUUAACUCCAAAAUCCGCCGCCAUCGGUUCUCCAUGUCUCUGGGUAUAAAUUAGAACGAAAAGUAUAUCCAUCAUGCGAUUAAUUCCGCUCUCACUUCACACUUCACCAAAACCUCACCCAAGACUAUCACUCUUAGCAAGAAUAUUAGCACCAUGAGUUCUACUUUCGCUCCCGCUCCCGAGCCGGAGACUGAGCUCGGCCGAUACCGCAUCCUGGCGCCGACAGCUGGCAUCCGAGUCUCCCCGCUCCAGCUUGGCGCUAUGUCUAUUGGCGAUGCCUGGGCAGAUGGCAUGGGAAGCAUGGACAAGGAGCAGUCCUUCAAGCUCCUGGAUGCGUAUUUCGAUGCCGGGGGCAAUUUCAUCGACACGGCGAAUAACUACCAAGACGAGCAGUCCGAGACCUGGAUCGGCGAGUGGAUGGCCAAGCGCAAGAACCGCGAUCGUGUCGUCAUCGCCACCAAGUACACCACGGACUACAGGCAACAUGCCUUGGGAAAGGGCCAUGCCGUAAACCACUGCGGCAACCACAAGAGGAGUCUCCACGUCAGUGUGCGCGAUUCCCUGGCCAAGCUGCAGACGGACUGGAUUGAUAUCCUGUAUCUCCACUGGUGGGACCACACCACGUCCAUCGAGGAGGUCAUGGACAGCCUCCACAUCCUCGUCGAGCAGGGCAAGGUUCUCUACCUGGGUAUCUCCGAUAGCCCUGCGUGGGUUGUCAGCGCCGCCAACACAUACGCCCGAGCCCACGGCAAGACCCCCUUCAGCAUCUACCAGGGCCGGUGGAACGUUAUGAGACGCGAUUUCGAGCGGGACAUCAUCCCCAUGGCCGCACACUUCGGCAUGGCGCUGGCACCGUGGGACGCCAUUGGCGGCGGCAAGUUCCAGACCAAGAAGGCACUGGAGGAGCGCAAGAAGCGAGGCGAGGGCCUCCGCAGCAUGAUGGGCGGCACGCAGACCGAGGGAGAGGUGAAGGUGAGCGAGGCGCUCGCCAAGGUUGCCGCAGAACACGGAAUCGAGUCCGUGACGGCGAUUGCGCUCGCAUAUGUCAUGUCAAAGGCGCCGUACGUGUUCCCCCUCGUCGGCGGGAGGAAGGUCGAGCAUCUCCAGGACAACAUCCAGGCGCUGAAGAUUAAGCUCACGGACAAGCAAAUCGAGUUCCUCGAGAGCGUCCGGCCUUUUGAUGUCGGGUUCCCGCAUGACUUCAUCGGACCAGACAUCAGAGCCACGGGGAAGACGAACGGUCUGCUGGCAGCGUCCGCAAAGUUAUCCAUCGUUAAAAGCUCGCUCCCGCUCGGCUACGAGAAAUAGCUCUGUAACUAGGGUUAAAGAAUGCACCUACCCUAGAGUCGAGGAAUGGGGAUCUUAAAUUGGAUUAUAGCCAUACAAAUCAACAUCGUCGUCUCGCUGACUCACUACCUAGGGCUAGCCAAUCCCGUAAUGCAUCCCCUAAGCCAGUGUCCUCACCG